CGUGGCUGUUUCCCCUGUGUGUGUUUGGAGGCAGGAGGGUAGUAGUGUUAGUGUGCAGUCUGCGCCUGAGGCUAAAGAAAUGCCUGGUUAUUCCUAUCGAAUGGCAGUGCCAUCUUUCUCACACAUUAUCCUUUUGGUGGCUAUACUUCAUCACGGCCAGGCUGGUCGGCUUUACACUGAAGAAGAUCCACUGGUCAUUUUGAGCAGUGACACUCUAAAGCAGACCUUGUUCAACUCUUCCACAGCCUGGCUGGUCCAGUUUUACUCGUCCUGGUGCGGACACUGCGUCCACUACUCACCCACAUGGAAAGCGCUAGCGGGAGAUGUGAAAGACUGGUUUCAGACCAUCCGCAUUGGAGUUCUGGACUGUGCACAUGAGAAGAACUUUGACAUUUGUAAAGAAUUCGGCAUCCACUUCUACCCUACAUUUCGGUACUUCAAAGCACACGGUACUACUUUCGACAUAGGAAAGACUUAUAGAGGAGCUGAUCGAGAGAUUCAAACAGUAAGACAGCUGAUGGUGAACUUCCUCCAAAACCACACGAGGCAAGACUGGCCUGCUGGCUAUCCUCCGCUGGAACCUGCCAGGACCGAGGACAUUCUGUCUGCGAUUGGAUUGAAAUCAGAUCAUUACACCGCCGUGAUCAUCGAGGAUAAAGAAUCUUACAUUGGAAGAGAGGUAAUAUUGGAUCUAAUGCCAUAUGAAGGUAUAGUCGUGAAGAGGGCCCUGAGUUCAGAAAAGGUUCUCGUGGAAAAGCUCGGCAUCACCACUGCCCCGGCUGUCUACCUCUUCUACCCCAAUGGGACCCAUGCAGGCAUGGAUGUGCAGAAGAGAAUACGCUUUUUCUUUUCCUCCUUCCUUAAACUGCUUCCUGGAGUUCACCGGAAACAGGCCCCCUCAAUCCAGCAGCCCGAACAGACGGUUAUUAAAGACCAGAGCACAAGUGAGCGCUUCAAAGAAUUCGACAAGUCUAAAGUAUACAUGGUAGAUCUGGAAUCUGGCUUGCAUUAUCUAUUGCGAGUGGAGCUGGCAACCCAUAAGACUUUAGAGGGAGUGGAGCUGAAGCUCUUCAAAGACUUUGUCACAGUAGUGGCUAAGCUGUUUCCUGGACGCCAAUCUGUGGUCAAGCUUCUGGAGACACUCCUGGAAUGGCUGAUCAGUUUACCGCUGGAGAAAAUUCCUUACGAAGCCAUUUUGGACCUGACCAACAAUAAGAUGAGGAUCUCCGGGCUGCACCUGAGUGAGCGUGUGCAGUGGUUAGGCUGCCAGGGCAGCAGCGUGGCACUCAGAGGAUACCCCUGCUCUCUUUGGACCCUCUUCCACGUGCUCACCGUGCAGGCUGCCAGCCGGACAGACGCUCUCGCCAACACUGCAUUGGAGGACGAUCCACAGGCCGUGCUUCAAACCAUGCGCCAGUACAUAGGAACGUUCUUCGGCUGCCGUGAGUGUGGAAAACACUUCGAGGAGAUGGCGCAAGAAUCCAUGAGUCAGGUGAAGUCCCUGGAUGAAGCAGUGCUUUGGUUAUGGAGGAAACAUAACCAGGUUAAUGCACGGCUAGCAGGUUCAAUGAGUGAAGACCCAAUGUUUCCCAAAACACAGUGGCCCACUCCUGACCUCUGUCCAACAUGCCAUGAAGAACAGGAUGGGCUUCAUGUGUGGAAUGAAGACAUGGUUCUCGCUUUCCUCAAAAAACAUUACAGUGCAGAAAACAUCUUACCAAAGCACACCAGUGAUCUCCAUCCAGACGCAGGUCCAGGCGCAGCUAAUAAAGCCAUCUCAACCCCACCCAGCGAUCCUCUUAAAGGGGUGAAGACAUCCCCUGAAGGUCCGAACUUCAUGAAGCUAUCUGAUAAACGAGGAACCGGAAGCGUCCAAAAGGAGCCGAACCUCCCCUUCUUGGGACUAGGCUUUUCCGGCGUAGACAUGAGUCUGUGUGUGCUGUUGUAUGCGUUCUCUUGCGUCUUUCUCAUGCUCAUGUUCUUUUUCUUCCGUGUUCGCUCUAAAAGGUGGAAAAUCAGAAACCACAGACUGUACGUAUAGCGCUCGAAUGCCACACGUUCGGAAAGUCUCACGAGAGACACUCGGUGUUCUAUAGGAAUCUCCUGCUAGGAGUUGAAGGAUUUUUUUUUUCUUCCUUAUAAUUUAUUCGGUUAUUGUAUUGUUCUGCUUUGUCCGUAUUGCUGUGGUGAGACUCAUUUCCUAAUGGCGAAGCAGAUUUAGUGAAUUUUUUUAAUAGAAAUUAAAAACAUGCAUCCGACCUACUUGUAAGGUCAAACUCGAAGCGGAUGUUUCGCAGCCCCGAUACAAGCAGAGGUGACGUUUCCGAGGUCAAAACCGUUUUACAAAUAUUUUAAUCAACAGACUCCUGAGGUCUGAGAGGUCUAUUUUUAUGGAAAUAAUAUGUAUAACAGUUCUAGACAUUUUAAUGAAGCAGAGCAAAACCCCCCAAACAUAAACGCUGGGAUUGUUUACCCCAUCAACGAGGGUCAGCGGCAAAACUGGCAACCUUGUAAAUCACUGCCUUCUAAUAACCUGCAAUUAGACUGAAAGAAAAGUGACAGGAGAUUUGUUUGCCUUUAACUCCCAGUGUGUUGUGGUGUGGUUUUUUUUAUUUUUUAUUUUUUUAUUAUUUUUUUAAAUAUAUAAGUAGUCUGUUUUACAGACCUUUGGCCUCUUUGUUAAUGGCUUCAUCAUUUAUUCAGUUCACAUAGUGUUCUGUAAUAUGAUGGGAUUCUCAGUUGUGUGCCAGUAGACCAUUUACUCAACG